AUGGCCGCCAGAGCUAUACCAAAGGAUGUAGUCGUGAAGCUCAUCGUGGGCGCCGGUCAGGCCAGUCCCAGUCCCCCCGUUGGUCCAGCUUUGGGAAGUAAAGGUGUGAAGUCCAUGGAUUUCUGCAAGGAGUUCAAUGCCCGUACCGCACACAUGACUGUUGGCACUCCGAUACCCGCACGAGUUACCGUCCGUCCCGAUCGAUCGUUUACCUUUGACCUUCGAACGCCCGUCACGUCCUGGCUUCUCCUCCAGGCAGCCAAGGUGGAACCAAGGAAAGCUCGCAUCCGAGGCGGCGAGCGUCCAGGACACGAGUCGAUCGGACAGGUGUCGUUGAAACACGUUUACGAGAUUGCAAAGAUAAAGCAAACGGAACUCCGGCUGUCGGGAUUGUCCCUCCAGGGGCUGUGCACAAGCAUCAUAGCCCAGGCGAAAACCAUUGGCCUCCGGGUUGUACCCUGA